AUGUCCGAUCAAGCACCGCCAGUGCCUACUGAGGCUCCUACCUCUGCCAUCCCUCAGACUGUGCCCGAACAAUCUGGCCAACUCGCGGCUCCCGUUGCGCAGCCUUCAUCGGUAUCGUCCGCAGGCGAAAACCUGCAAUGCCAAUGGCAAGGAUGCGGCGAGCGAUGCGCAUCGCCCGAACUUCUCUACGAACACGUCUGCGAGCGCCACGUUGGUCGCAAGUCAACCAACAACCUCAAUCUCACAUGCGCUUGGGGUCAAUGCCGCACUACCACGGUCAAGCGCGACCAUAUCACCUCGCAUAUUCGCGUGCACGUCCCAUUGAAGCCACACAAGUGCGAGUUCUGUGGCAAGGCCUUUAAGCGUCCACAAGAUUUGAAGAAGCACGUCAAAACCCAUGCCGAUGACAGCGUCAUCAUGCGCUCUCCCGAGCCAAAUGGUGGCGCUCGUCAGUCGCAGGGUGGCAUGCCACAAGGUGGGAACCAGAACCACUCUUACUACGGUCAUUAUCUGACUGGCCAAGUGCCCCAAACUUACUAUGCUCCCGCAAUGCCUCCACAGGACUACUCAGGUCAACAUCACGCCAACCCGUACUAUCAGACCCACCCACAGGUUCAGGUGCGUACCUCUCCCGAGGCGUCGCGUUAUUACAUGCCACCACCGAUCACUCCAUAUGAUGGCGCAGUCGCGUUCCAAAUGCUAACAGACCCUACCGUGCAGACAGGCCAGCACCCAGGCUAUGGCCCCGUGACCUACUACAACGCUCCCGCCCCGCAGGCCACCUACGAUUACGAGACCCGAAAGCGUGGCUACGAUGCUCUCGAUGCUUUCUUCGGUCAGGUCAAACGCCGCGAAUUUGACCCGAUGCAAUAUCAAGCCGUUAGCCGCAGACUCUUUGAGCUCCAGGGACUCCAGCUGCCACAAAUCAUUCCCUCGAGCAUGGGCGUUCCCGCCUAUCAGCCUGUCUCCGUUGGCGGUGGCUCUUACGAGUCUAACGACCCCAUCCAAGCCUACAGUCUACCACCCAUGGGUAAUGCCAAAACUCGUGGCGACCUGACAUCGAUCGACCAGAUCCUAGAGCAGAUGCAAGCCACCAUCUACGAGAAUGACACACACAUGUCAGCACCUGGCCAGGGCAACACCGGAUACGUUGCUUAUCGCACCAGCAGCAACAGCCCGCCCUCGGCUCAACUGCCCCACGCCGGAAAUAGUCCAACUGCCCUACUCCAGCAUCAACACCAGAGUAGCGUUGCCAGCACCGCAGACACUGCUUCAACUCCAGGUCUUACUCCUCCCUCGUCUGCUCAGAGCUAUACCUCAGGUCAGAGCCCUAUCCAAGGCCAUUCUGCGCCGCAUGGCAGCGCCAUAUACCCCAGUCUUCCUUCCACGUCCGGAGACAUGACAUACGGAUCCAACAACGCCGCUACGCUCGGCGGACAGUAUGACGACGAGCGUCGUCAUUACCACGGCGGUAUGCUCCAGCGUGCGGCUCCGGCCAAGAAGGACGAAGAUAUGGACAUGGGCUCAGAUGGCUCCGUCACUCCUCCCGCAUCUGCCAUCAACAACGCCAUCAAGGGCAAGGGUAGAGCCUCAAGCCCCAAGGAUGCGAAUAUCGACCCAUCCCUUGGCUCUGCAGAGGUUGGAACGCCCAAAUCAGAUGCCACGAAAGAAGAUGGAGAAACCCAGUGGGUACAGAACAUGCGUCUCAUCGAGUGGAUGCGCGAUAUCAUCAAGAAGCGUCUGGAACGUGGCGAGUAUGACGAGGAUGAAGCUCGUGCCAAGGAACCAUCGCCAGAUACCGAGAUGACAGGCACUACGAAAUCAGAUCAUGAGCAGCUCUAUCCGGUGCUGCGACAUGUUGUUGACGACGCCUAG